GGGGGCGGAAUGCGCUCCCCAGCCCCUCUAGCCCCGUGGAGGUACAACUCGAAGGCGUGAGGAGACCGCGACAGACCGGAAUCGCAGCGCCGCGCGCCGUGUUCCCGAGCCUCACUUCCGGGAGAGGCGGGAAGUGGACGGGAAGGGGCGGGACCUGGACGUUGGCUCGCCCCGGUCGGUGAGCCUGGCGGCGCGGUACGCCUCUGUGGCGUCACGGCGCGGUCACUACCCUCCUAUCUCGGACGCGGACACCCACGCGCUGUCAGACGUCGCGACUUGUGACGUCAGCGAGGAGGCUAGCAUCUUCAACCCAGUAUGGAAUCCCGGAAAGGCCGCGUCGGGGACCUGACUCGAAACUUCCCGUUCCGCCCGCACAGCUGAGCGCAGCCCAGGUCCUGGGCCCGCGUGGUACUGACCCUGGAUCCCUCUCCACCGCGGUGGCGCUCCUGCGCUCCCUGCUGAUCCCCGGGAUGCCAGGAGUCUCCGCCCGGGGCCUGUCCCACGAGGAGAGGCGGCAGCUAGCUGUGCACCUUACUCGCGUUGUGGCGCAGUACCGUUCCAUCCUGGACGCCUACAUCAUCGAAUUUUUCACCGACAAUCUGUGGGGCACACUCCCUUGUUCCUGGCAAGAAGCGCUGGAUGGACUGAGCCCACCACAGCUGGCUGCACUGCUCCUGGGGAUGCCAGGGUCAGGGGAGGAGGUCAGGUACAGGUCGGUGUGGCCACUCACCCUGCUGGCUCUGAAGUCCACAGCCUGUGCCCUUGCCUUUACCCGAACACCUGGCUUCCAGACGCCCUCGGAGUUCCUGGAGAACCCAAGCCAGAGCUCCCGGCUAACAGCUCCAUUCCGGAAGCACGUCAGGCCCAAGAAGCAGCAUGAGAUCCGGAGGCUGGGAGAGCUGGUGAAGAAGCUGAGUGACCUCACGGGCUGUACCCAGGUUGUGGAUGUGGGCUCAGGCCAGGGCCAUCUCUCCCGCUUCAUGUCUCUGGGGCUGGGGCUGAUGGUGAAGAGCAUUGAAGGGGAUCAGAGACUGGUGGAGAGAGCCCAGCGCCUGGACCAGGAGCUCCUGCAGGCUCUGGAGAAGGAGGAGAAGAGGAAUCCCCAGGUGGCCCAGCCCUGCCCCCGCCGCUCCCCGCACCACGUGGUUAGGUGGGUGGACACCACAGCGCUGUGCGAGGAGCUUCUGCUUCCACUGGAGAAGCCGCAUCAGGGCGGGGCCCGCCUGCUGCUCACAGGCCUCCAUGCCUGUGGGGAUCUGAGUGUGGCCCUGCUGAGGCACUUCUGCUACUGCCCCGAGGUGGUGGCCCUGGCCUCCGUGGGCUGCUGCUAUAUGAAGUUGAGUGACCCGGGUGGCUACCCACUUAGUCAGUGGGUGGCUGGGCUGCCUGGCUGUGAGCUGCCCUACCGGCUCCGGGAGGGAGCCUGCCAUGCCCUGGAGGAAUACGCUGAGCGGCUGCAGAAAGCUGGCCCCAGCCUGCGGACCCACUGCUACCGAGCUGCGCUGGAGACAGUCAUCCGACAUGCCCGGCCCGAGCUCCGGCGGCCAGGCGUGCAAGGCAUCCCCAGAGUUCACGAGCUCAAGAUUGAAGAGUAUGUGCAGCGGGGGCUGCAGCGGGUGGGGCUGGACCCCCAGCUGCCGCUGAACCUGGCCACCCUGCAGGCCCACCAGGCCCAGGAGCACCGUGUAGUGGCCUUCUUCAGCCUGGCCCUGCUGCUGGCCCCACUGGUAGAGACGCUGAUUCUGCUGGACCGGCUGCUCUACCUCCAAGAGCAGGGCUUCCAUGCUGAGCUCCUGCCCAUCUUCAGCCCUGAACUCUCACCUAGAAACCUGGUUCUGGUGGCAACCAAGGUGCCCCUGGGUCAGGCCUUCUCUGUUCUGGAGACCGAAGACAGCUGACACAUUCCAAGGAAGGGCGUAUCUCACCAAAUCUGAAACUACCCAGAUGCCACAGUGCGGCAGACUGGGCCUCCACACAGAGAACCAGCAGCCUGCAUCCUGCCUGGAGUCCGGGCUUCCCACAAACCUGUACAUUUUUAAUUUAUUGAAA